CGCUGAGAAAUCACCAGCAUCAACUCUAAUCUCAAUGGCCGACUCACAAAGUCGCCAAAGCAGCGUCAGGUCAUUAAGUGCUGCACCUAUUCGGACACGUGUAGCUCGCGUGGCUUGCAAAGCGUGUCACGCAAGACGGGUAAAGUGUGACGCCGCUGAUGGGCAGCCGUGUUGGCAUUGUCGCACGCGCGAUGUUACCUGUGAGUUGAUAGACUCCAAACGUGGGAAGUACGUAGAAUUGUUGUGAAACAAUGGGAAAUUUGGACUCACGGUUUUGUAGAUAUGUUAGAAGAAGUACUGCGCAACGAGUCUCAAGAAGACAGCAGGCGCAAAGUCCGGUUGAUCAACAUGAUACCAUGCACGACAGUAUCGCAGUAAUUACGCCUCAAAGUAACGAAAACUCGCAAUAUCAGGAACAUAGUCAGCCAGUCCCAUCGAACAUCGCGCAGAAUAAUGAGCCGGGCUCUCAGCAACAGAGCUUGUCCGGGAACGACAAGUCAUACUUCCUGGGCGACUCAAGCAGCUUAUCAUACAUUGUCGAGAUGAUAUGCAGUCCAAGAGGCGGAGUCAGCGAGCCCGUAAAAGUCCACUAUCCCAUACCGGCAUCGAUAGCAGACCGCGCAAUCAUUCCAACACGACCCCAAGUUGAGCCCCUCCGCGUACAAGAUGCAUUGACGAUGCCACCGAAAGAGAUAUCUGACCGUCUUGUGCACACUUUUUUCGAGAUCAUCCAUCCGCCUUAUCCGGUAAUAGAUAGACGCGCCUUUUCGGAGCUGUACAGACAGGGCAAAGCACCGCCUAUGCUUUUGCAUGCGAUGUUCCUUGUCACGUUCAUUCUCUGUGAUGAAAGUCUUAUACAGGCUGCUGGCUUCAGUGAUCGGACUGCUGCUCGCAAGCAUCAUUAUCUUCGUGCGAAAACGCUGUAUGAUGUUGAUCAUGAGACUGACCGGAAUGUCCUCACUGCAGCAAUCUUUCUUCUGGGAUUUUGGUGGAAUGGCCCGGAUGAUCAGAAGGACUCGUGGUUCUGGCUUGGAUGUGCGACAUCUUGUGCGCAGUCUUUGGGGAUGUAUCGUUCGACGGUCGCGUCGAGGUUGAGCCCCGAGAAAAGAGCGUUGCGAAAGCGAAUCUGGUGGUCUAUAUACACUCGUGACCGUCAUACUGCCGCAUGCCUAGGUAAGCCCUGCAGAAUCAGGGAUGAAGACUGCGACAUCGAACCUCUUACCGAAGAAGACUUCUAUUUCGACGACGACCACAACGAUCCUCUAAUAACCCGACAAGAAGAACACCAUACGGCUCUUGCGAUAGAGAUGGCGAAGGCUGCCGAAAUCCUGGGGGAUAUUGUUAUCGCAGAAUACAGUCCUCGUCGCCCAGACUUAGAACAAUACAAGCCAGACCGACUGAAACAGCGACUUGAACAGUGGGAAGCGCAGUUGCCGAAGUGCAUGCAGAGGGCACAGCUUGAUGAGACGCUGGGUCCAGCAUUCUGGGCAACCCAGUUGCACAUGGCGUACCAGAACUACUACAUUCUCCUGUUCAGACCGAAGGCGAUUGAGGACCUCACACCGUCUGAAGCCGAGGGUGAUAUUUGGGCUCGGAGGGCAGCUGAUUCCAUCACUCGCAUGACGGAAGAUCUCCUCGCCGUUGGAGCAAUGAGUAAGAGUCAAAUGCACAUUGUCCCCGCCGUCUUCGGGGCCCUCUCCAUCCACACCCUCGUCAUCUGCCGCAAGGACCCCAUCCGACGCCAACUCGCCGGCAACAAAUCACGGCAAUGCAUCCUCGCCCUAAGCGAACUCGCAAAGCAUUGGCCCGUAGGACUAUGGAUCAUGAGAUUCUUCGGCAACCUCAUGCGAAGACUCACAGGCCAAGGUUCUGCUGUUUCAGCAGGCUCAAUAGUUGACGUGACGUCGAGAAUCGCAAACUGUAAUCGUAACGAAGACUCGACUCUGACGGAAGUCAGCAGGGCAACUUCUCAGACCUUAGCAGAAAACGGUGGUCCAUUCACUGACGCGACGAACGCUCAAGUCGCUGGCGCUGUGAUGGAAACAAAUGAUCUGUUCCAACAGCCGCCAGAUCAGUUCGGUUUUGACAACUUUUGGGCUGAGGAUACCAUUGAUGUUGAUCUACUGCUUCAGCAUGGUUUAUGUCCAUUGCUGCCAGGCAACUUUGGAACUUUUCCACCAAUGUCGGAUCCUCAAGGCUUUUAGACAGACGGAAUUCCAGCCACAAUGGCAAAGUACAAUCCUUCUAAUAGGUUAUGAAGUCUAUCUAUUCUAUGUGUCGCUUCUCUAUAAUGCUUUUCUCUUGAACGUCAUCUAACGCACCCCCAACUCAAGUGAUGCAGCCAACUUUCGGCUGGCCCAAUUAUGUAUCUCAUCACCAAAUAUUUUUCUGUCGUACUUUUAGAUCUUUGAAGCAAAUUUGCUCUUGGCUCGCAGCUUCUUGCCAUAUCUGAAGAACAGAUAAGGGAACGGCGCCAUGGCGACCGUCAAGAAAGCAAGAAGACUAGAAGCCCACUGAUAACCAAGCGUCUCGUACAUCUGGAUGCCAAAUAGUGGGAAUGCCGCUAUACGAUUGUUAGUAACUGUGCUGCUUGAAGCAUCGGACGGGAGGGAACGUACCUGCGAAAGAGCAUCGGGCAAAGCUGUUGGCUGCCAUGGCAGAAGCGGCGUACUGAGGAUAAGCGUCGACCAAGAAAGUGAAGAUACCAGUGAAGACGAGCAUCAUGCUAAAAAAACAGAUGUUAGUAGAUAAUCGAAAGGAUGAGGCCAGAGAAACCUACCCGCAUCCAAAAACUCCGGAUCCAAUGAUAGGCACAAUCCAAUGAAUGCUAGAGUACGUCGUCCAAGCAAACCAAAACAACCCAAUAGGAAUAAGAAUAGCUCCAAGAAUACAAGGAGGUAAUCUGUACUCGGGCUCACUGAUAGCCUUACCAGUCUCCUUCUCCUGCUCCGCCAACCAUCGAAGUCGGAGUCUGGCCCAGAAAGGAGUCGUAGCCGUUGCAAUAACAAAUCCGACCAGAAUUCCCAAGAACGUCAUGCCAGUUUGCCAAAGACUCAUACCGUGGUUCGUUCGGAAGAUGAGAGGAAAUGCGCCGAAGAAUAGAUACAGAAUACCGAGAAGGAUAGCAGAGUAGAGAUCCAAGCAGAGGCACAUGGGCUCCAAGAAGAGCAGCUGAAAUGGUCGAAGGACUGACAGCUUGAGCGUUUCGAGGAUUGGCUUCUUUGUAAGCUCCAUCGGCGCUCUAUACGCCUCAUUCCCAGUCUCUUUUCUCAACAUUCUCGCCUUCUCCCUCAACAAAAUCGGAUGAAACGUCUCAGGCGCAAAGACCACAAUAGCCACCAUGACGAACGCAGCCCAAAUCAACAUAACAUAAUACGUCCACCUCCAAUGCGUAUUAUAAUUAAUAAACCCUCCAAUCAACGGCCCAAUAGCCGGUCCGAUAAACGGCGCCAAUGAUACCAAACUCAUAGGCUUCUGAAUCUCAUGCCGUUCGAAAACAUCACCUGCCGUUCCGCCUGCAACGCUGAGGAACGAACUCCCAGCAAAGCCUGUGAAGAAACGCGCGAUGAUCAUGGUCUCGAUGUUUUGCGCUACGGCGGAGGGAAUAGUCCAGAUUAUGAACAUGGCCCAUGAGACGAGGUAGAUUGGUCGUCGGCCGUAGUACUCGCUCAACGGGCUGGUUAAGACUGGGCCGAGUGCGAUUCCUAGGACGAAGGUUGAGAGGCCGAGGGUGGCGACGAUUUGGGAGCAGUGGAAUUCGGCGUUCAUUUGGGUGUAGGUAGCUGUGUAGAUUGAACUUGCGCAUGUCCUGAGAAGUCAGUGAAUGUGGGAGUGAAGGC